CGGAGUUUGGGGGAAACAGUAUGAUGACGUACGCUCUUGUGGUCACGUGGAAGAACAUGGCGAUGGCAGGAGACCCGGCCAGAGAUGGCAUGCCGACCAACACUUUCCAGGCCAUCCUUGUGACUGACCACAGGAAGACCUACGCCAUUUACCUGUACGAUGACCACAGGAUGCAAUGGGACCCACAGAUAACCCAGGAAAACCUGGUGGGCGGGAAAUGGCCGGCAUUCGUGGGUUACAUCAUCCGGGGGACAACCGGGCAGUUGACUGUUGUCGAAGACGAGAAUUCAAGACAUAAAUCGACCCUGGAGAACGGCCAGAAGAACUGCACGCAGCCGAACGUGUACUGUCUGGACAGGAAGUCCGGAGGGAGCUCCAUUGGGCCUGGCCGCUGGAGCUACAGGCUUGACGACAACGACGACUCCUACGUCAAUCCCCGAAAACAGUGUAUGAGCUGGUAUCUGGUGCAGGCUGACGUCACCAGGUUCGGUCCGCUUCCUCCAUGUCCGACCACCGCUGCGCAUGCCCAGUUGGACGCCCAAUGGAAGGCUGCCUCUGACGUCAGUUCCGGUGAUCGGCUUUGCUUUGACCUCAACCGACCUUUGUCGUCAUCAUUAGGUGGCAACAUGCUGUGCUGUUACCAAAUGCCAGAGGGCGCUUUCAUAAGAAACAACCGAGAGCGGUCGGGAACGUUUGAAAGGUAUCAAAGGGCAUCAGCUGAUGACAUCCAAGCGCGUGAAUCCUGUUGUCUGGACUACGGGAGCAAGUAUUGUGACAUGUACUUCGAGAGACGACCGAUGGGAUUCACUGAGGGAUACGUUCCACCGCGGACAUCGGCUGCAGCAGGAGAUCCGCACAUUCUGACCUUGGACCGAGUCAGAUAUUCGUUCAACGGCCUCGGGGAGUACCUACUCUGUCAAACAACGCCCUCUACCGCUUUAUCCCAGACUGCAGCGAUUUUUUCCUUGCAGGGCAGAACCCAGCUUGUGGACGUAGAACCGGGAAAAACUCCGAGAGCAACCGUCUUUAGGUGA